ACCUGGUGGGCCGGUCUGUCGGUCACACCUCUCACUGCAGAGCAGAAGAGGACACAGUCUGUGUCUAAUUGAGAUGAAGAGAUUAAAUUAAAAACAAAAGUCUUGGACUUUUUGGUUUCAGCAGGAUUUUCUUUCAUCACUGAAAGACUAGUAAUCUCAUUGUUAAUGACAGAACCUCCUGAGGAAUCAGAUGAAAGGAUUUGCCAAACCAAAGAAAUUGCUUAACGAAAGAGAAAGAGGUGAGGAACAAACACAAGGGACUUUCACAACCCGCUUCCACACACUUGACAUUUAGAAGGUAUUAGGGAAAGAUAAACCAAACAAAGGGGACUCCGAGCCCCACCUGCACCCACAGCAUUUAUAUGACCGCACUACACAGCCAGAACCGAACCUGAUCCACUGCUCACAGGAACCUUCCUCCUCCACCAAACCGGAACUGGAAACCAUUCUCAGAACCUCACUCAAACCAUUAACGGCGACUCCUAAAGCGUUACUUACCACCCACAACCACCAGGGGGGCAAGUUUGUUAACUGGCACCUCACUACCUGCAAAAUCAGUCCUCAUUUUGGAUGAUUAUGACCUUAACAGGUUGCCCAAACCCACGCACCCGGACUUGCAGGUCGACUGUUACCCUGGUGCACAGCUUAAGCACGCCAAUCACAUCCUGAAAAGAGCCAGAACCUCCAGCUAUGCCAAAAAAAAAAAGAAGUCCCGCUCUCAAGACUACAGGGACCAAACUACAGUGCAAAACCCCCUCACCACAGCUCAGGACACUGUCCCAUACGCGGACCUCUACGUGCCGCUCCUAAACUUUUCAGAUCGUCUAUACCCUAACUGUAACCCGUCAAAAAAACAAAACAAAACAAAAAAACCCAUUAGAAUCUCUGUGGUCAUAUUUCGUAUUUCAAUGUUAUUGAACGUUAUAAAUUACAAAGAAGAGAAUGAAAUGUGAUGAAAUAAUAACGCGAAGAAUGCAUUUUAGAAUUUUAACUCCCAAGUAAGACCCAGUCCAAAUAGAUAUAACACAACUGUAACAAGACAUGUUUAAAAGAACAAUGCUAAACAAAUGGCUAAAAUAACUAACACUGAUCAUAAAUUCUAUCCAUAAUCCCUCACUUAUAGGUAAAGCCACAUGAUAGUCAAACUCAACAAAAUCCUUUAAUUCUUGAGAAUAUUUUUAAGCAAUUCAAUAAAGGGAACCCUCAAAGUAGAAUAUUAACCGAAGAAUUAAAUGGUUAAAUGAUAAAUUAAAAAAAAAUCUAAAUAUAUUAUAAUAGUUUCAUUUUAAUACAUUCAUGUAAAAGUCGAGAUUAUUGGUAAAAAUGAGAAAUAAUCCAUUUAUUGUCCCCCUGGCAAACUUGUCCCCCUGGUGGUUGUGGAUGGUAAACUGAACCGGGGAAAUAGCACCGCCCCCUUCUCCGAUCCCAUGUAUUAAAACGAGCGCUCCCAAGAGGAGUGACUGUGACGCCGUGCGAGACUUGAGUAAAUAACAGACACUGAAACCUGAAGGAUUCACAAGAAAACUUCCCUCGGAAGAGCUGGCUGCUCCUGUCUCCUGAGUACAGGCACGUUGUUGUAAAGUUCAGGAAGAAUGUCCAAUCUAUGUUGUCUGCUGACCGCUGAAAAAGAUUCAGUUCCUCUGAAGAGCAUUGAUGUUCUGCUGGAGGUAAAGGACCACGUGGCUACUCUGGUCUCCACUCUGAACUUCGAGAAUAAGGAGGACAAACCUCUGGAGACAGUUUUUGUCUUCCCUCUGCCUGGAGAUGCUGCUGUGUGUCAUUUCAGUGCUCAGAUUGGAGAAACACACAUUGUAGCUGAGGUGAUGGACAGACAGCAGGCUCGGCAGGUGUAUGAUGACGCUGUGAGCUCUGGUCAGAAGGUAUUCGAAUUGGAGGAGAGUGAUGAGAGUCCAGAUAUCUUCUCUUUGACUGUGGGCAAUCUGCCUCCAGGAGAGAGCGCCUCCAUCAGGCUGGAGUACGUCACUGAGCUGGCUGUGCAGGCUGAUGAUGGGCUGAGGUUCUGUCUGCCUGUUGUUCUCAACCCUCAAUACCAACCUCAGGGUAGUGAAGGUCCCAGUGUCCAGGUGACCUCAGUUCCAGCCUCUCUGGUGCCCUACAGUCUGUCCUUUUUUGCCAGAGUGUCCUCUCCUCGUCCAAUCUCUAAAAUAGAGUCCAGUUGUCCUCUGGAGCCCCUUCAGUAUCUCAACGCUGAUCAAACUCAAGCCACGGUGAAGUUGGCUACAGGACACAAGUUUGACAGAGACAUUGAGCUACUGAUUUAUUACAAAGAUACCCACCGGCCCUCUGCUGUGGUGGAGGCAGGACAGGCCUCUGCCAAACCUGGCACUCUGAUGGGUGAUCCAGUGGUAAUGGUGAGCCUGUAUCCUGAAUUUCCUGAAUCUGUGAUGUCUAAUUUUAACUCCUGUGGAGAGUUUGUGUUCUUACUGGAUCGAUCGGGGAGCAUGGAUUUCCCGACAUAUUGUGGAAGUCGUCAGAGUCGCAUAGCCAGUGCCAAGGACACUCUGAUGCUCCUGUUGAAGAGUUUACCCAUGGGCUGCUAUUUCAAUAUUUAUGGUUUUGGAGAUCAUUACGAACACGUUUUCCCUAAAAGCGCAAAGUACAAUCAGAAGAACCUUAAACGAGCUAUGAAAAGGGUUGAGGAGAUGGACGCUAAUCUGGGAGGAUCGGAGAUCCUGGAGCCUCUGCGACAAAUUUACAGACAGCCUUGUAUUCCUAAACAUCCCAGACAACUCUUCAUCUUCACUGAUGGUGAGGUGAAUUACACAAAAGCUGUUCUGGAUGAGGUGAAGGAAUACUCUGAAUUUCACAGGUGUUUCUCUUUUGGGAUUGGAGAAGGUGCCAGUUCUGAACUUAUCAAUGGGAUGGCCAGAGAGGGAGGCGGACACGCUCAGUUUAUUAUAGGGAAAGAAAGGAUGCAACCAAAAGUGAUGCAGUCCCUGAGAUUCGCCUUGCAGCCGCUCGUCACUGACAUUUCAUUGUCGUGGGAUUUACCCGAGGGUGUGUCUGCCACCGCUCUGUCUCCACCACUUACAGCACUUUUCCAGGGUCAGAGGUCACUGAUUUUUGCUCAACUCAACGGAGAGUGUUCUGAAGCAGCUGAUGGGUGUUUGACAGUGAGGUUUUCCACAGCGGGUCAUCCAUGUCAGAACCAGCUGCACUUCUCUCUACAGCCUGCAUGUGAUCUAGACUUUGACCUGAAAGAAGAUAUGCCAUUCACUUGCUCCACAAUCCACAGGCUGGCUGCUCGGACUCUCAUCCGCUCCCUGGAGCAGGAGCAAAGGGAGCACGGGAAGCUGGCUGAAGAAAUAGAGAAGGUGGUGGACCUCAGUGUCCAGUCUGGAGUCAGCAGCAUCUUCACCGCCUUCAUUGCCGUCGACAAAAACAAUGGGGAACCUGUUCGAGGUCCGCUGAUCUACAGGGAGAAUCCUACAUACAUGCCGUUGCUUCGUGGCGGUUUGAUUGGUCUGAUGUUUGAUGAUUUACGGGCCGAUAAAAACAUUUUCAGACGCAUUUGCUCGUCUAUCAGAAAAAGAACAUCAGCUAGUAAGUUUGGAAAAGCUUGGAAAAACAAUCUACUUUCAGCUUCCAGCUUCAAGAAGAGCCAAAGUGAAUCUAUUGAAAAUACAGGAGACUGUGGGCCCACAAAGCCAGCCAGAGAUCCACUGCUGGAGCUCGUUUCGCUGCAGGAUGCCUCUGGCUGCUGGCUGCUUGAUCCAUGUUUGGCUGCUGCUCUUGGAAAAAGCACAGAGGAGUUGGUAAAAACAAGGCCUUCAUCGGCCAAAAGGAAAGUGUGGGGCACCAUUUUGGCUCUAAUUUGGCUUCAUGGAUAUCAAAAGGAUGUGAAGGUUGAAUGGGAACUUCUUGCUAUGAAGGCUGCAUCGUGGCUCAGAGCUGAGAAAGCUGUUUGCGUGACAGUGUGUGUGGAAGCUGGGAAUGUCCUGUUGGGUUGUAAUGUGACGACUGAUGCUCUGGGACUCUGAGGUGUCUGUAUUAUUUGUUCCAAUGGAGGGAACCCUGUGAUUCUGUUACAAAAAAACAACAGAAACAAACUCACCCAAUCACCAGAUACCCGAAUACCUCCACACUUCUAUUCAACUGACUAUUCAACCAAUUUCUUUGCUUUCCUUCCCCCCCUCGACUUUUCCUGCACCACCAGACGAAUUUCGAGUCAUAUUUCUGAGGUCGCAGUUAGGUCAUCCAACUCCAGUCGUUCAGAUCUCAACUUCCCUCUGUCGUCCCUGGAGAGCUCCGUCCCUCGGCCCCUCCUCUUCAUCACUUACAUCCUCCCCACAGACCAUAGUUCAUAAAUUUAACAUGUUUUCAUGAUUUUGUGACUGGGACCCAGUUCUACCUCUCCAGUAAAUCCAUUCUUCCAGCCUCAUCUUUUUCCAACUGCCUAUCUAAAGUAAAAUCUUGGUUCACUUCAAACUUAAUGACGAUAAAACUGAAAUUCUCCCCGUUGGUAUGAAAUCUAAAUGAUCAAAAGCUAACAAAAUCUCUCUCACCAUCAACAACUCCUACAGGUUCCUCUCCCCUCAGGUUAAGAGUCUGGGUGUCAUCCUAGACAGCACAUUAUCUUUCCAAUCUCAUGUUAAUAAUCUUGCAUAUUUCCAUCUCUGGAACAUAAAUCGCCUUCGCACUUCCCUUUACCCUGAUGCUGCAUCUGUAUCAGAUGCAAAGGAAAAAAACACCUGAUAUAGUCAUUGCAAUAUCGGUUAUUAUCAAAAGGUUUUCUAGUAUUUUGCAGCCCUAGAUCAACUAUGUUCAUGUUUACUUGUUUCUUCUAUUUUUUAUUGUCUUUGCUUUUAUUGUGAAGUAAAAAUAUAUUAUUAUUAUUUUGGUUUA